CCACCAGUGCGCGUUGUUGCAGAGUCACUGCGACUGGUCCGAGUGUAAACAAGGCGACCGAGAGAAGAAAGGUCUCGAAAGAGGCCUUAAUUCGCCCCGGUUAUCACUGCCGUGGCUUCAAAUUUAUGGUUUACUUGUCAGGCGAUUUCGUUGUAUGAGUCGUGUCGACUAUAAACGGGCAUAAAAAAGACAGUUGCGGUGUUUACGCGGAGACAGUCGAUGAGGGCACAGAUCUACAGCUAGCCGUAAGCUAGUCGCACUGGAAACCUCAAUAUUCGAGGGCAUUUUACUGCUGAAACCUCCUGCAUGCCCUGGACAUUUUUCUCUUUAUACUGUGGCCAGGAUUUUCUGAACCCUGGGUGGCUGGUCAGAGCUGCCUCCUCCCAGCAUGGAGGCAGGAAGAAAGGACUGUGAAGAGGAGACUCUACAGACAGCCUUCAAGAAGCUAAGGGUCGAUGCUGAGAGUUUGUCUGGCACUGUGAAUGUUUCUGAAUCCUUGGCUCCCAGAGCGAUUUCACGGACCUGCCCUGAGGCCAGUGGCACUAAGCCCAAACUCAACUGCCCCAAGGACAACUGGCAUGGCUCUAUGAGGAAAACGUCUAGAGGAACAUCCAGGAGCCAAAGGCGUCGCAGGUCAAAGUCUCCCAUCCUCCACCCGCCCAAGUUUACCUACUGCAGCAGCACUGCAACCUCUUCACUGUCGCCCUCUAGUGGCUGCCUGAAGCAUCAGUGCUUGGCCGUGCCUGAGUCUGUGGAGCCCUGUCACGCUGCUGAUAGGAGAGCCCCCGCUACCUUGGCUGUCUCAGCCCAGAAAGAGCUCUCUUCCUUGGGUGCCUCCAGCCAUAUCCCUCCCCCUGUGUUUGGAGCAGGAGCUGUGGUUGCCCCCUCUUUAUCCCAAGAGAUGCCCAGCACUACUAUAGUCACAUCGAGGCAGAAUUGCGGGAGUGCGGGAACGGCUCGGGCCAUUAAAGGUAGCGGCCAAGAAAAGGAUGCCUGCAAUGGGGAAGGCUUGGGUGCAGCAGGCCCGAGGGGAUCCAAACCUGGCGAAGCCUCUGACUUCCAGGCACUGUCAAAGCUCCAUGGUGGCAGCACCACAGUAGGCUCCUGCGCACUGUGCUCCUGUUCCCAGAGAGAGAAACCCAAUCGAGAGGAAAAUCGGGAAAAGGACGGGCAGGGGGCAGGGUCUACAUGCCAGUGCCAGUCCAAAUGCCUGCCCGUUCAACCGGACUGGCAGGGCAUCGAGGUGUACUCCUUCACAGGGCUCCGCAAUGUCAUCUCCGAGAGCGAAUGGAGCCAGCCAGGUCUAGACGAUGCUGGGCAUGUAAGCCACCCUCAAAACGACUCCAGAACUCAUAGAAGCUCCAGCAAUACCACCACCACAGCCACAUCACCGUCAUCACUGUCGCCUUCGCCACUGUCAUCAGGCUCCCCUCGCUCAUGCUCGGAGCAGGCGCGGGCCUACGUUGAUGACAUCACGAUAGAGGACCUUUCUGGCUACAUGGAGUACUACCUGUAUAUCCCCAAGAAGAUGUCACACAUGGCAGAAAUGAUGUACACUUAAGACAGAUUUCUCUAAUAAGAUUACAGAUAGUUACAAUAUCAAAGAAGGAAAUGAAAAAGAGAAAAUUAUCAUUUUCCAUUUCUAAGAUUAGAUGGAAGAUGUGGAUGUGAAAUGUUGAAAAACGGUAAAAGAAGGGCUCCUUUGUGAGCGUUGUAAUUUAAAUAAUCACAAUUAAGUGUUGUUAACCCAGGGUGAAAUCUCAAUGGUCUUUUUUUUUCUCUCUGUUUUGACCCCCCCCCCCAUCCUCCAUUCUAAAACUGAGAAAGUACAUUAACUUCUAUUUCACAUCAGUUUUGAGUGUUAUCUCCUCCCUUUCAUUCUGUAUGGAUUAUUUCUUUAUUGGGUUUACAAAGAAUGUUGCCAAAGCGCUUGGUGCAUCAUCUCGAAGAACUGAGCUAAGAAUAGUAAUAAGCAAUAUUUUAAUGCCAAGUGUGAUUAUGUUUGUUGUGUUGUGACCUCGAGAGUCACUUUUCUGGAAGAUUCAGUUCACUCAAUAAAGGGGCAAGCUCUCUUUA